AUGAACACCUGGGCGCUUCUUCGCGCCGUUUUCUUCUCAUUGUGUUUAACUUUACUCAAAGCACGAGCCGCACCAGGUGUGUCCUGCCUCAGGUCCACACUCACCGACGGUCAAACGCUCGUCUCGUUCCUGCGCGAGGACGCAGCCGGCGCGCGCCUUCUAUACCUCACCAAGUGGGCAGAGGACGCGCGGCUCGUCGCGUGCGAGAUAACCCAUCAUCCGAGUGUCACGGAAGGAUACCGUCUUUCUUGCGACGGAAACGAAAGUCGGGGUGAAGAAGAACGGACACGGUUCAAUAUCAGCGCGCUGCUGUCUCUGGAUGCUCCGUGCGCGCGACUGGAGUUUACGCAGCGCGCGACCAGAGUCGAGGAGAGCAGAGGUCGGAGGAAACGCUCCUGGAUGUUUCCGGGCACCUUGUGGUGCGGCAGCGGGAGCAGGGCGGAGGGAUACGAACAGUUGGGUGAGGAUGUUGGACCGUCUGGCUCUUCUGUUUCCUUCAGACAGAAAACAGCUUCACUUUUGGUCUGUAGAUUUUUAACUCGCGCUCUUGUGGUGCAUAUAGGCAUGUUUGAGAGAGCAGACAGAUGCUGCCGCGAACACGACCACUGCUCACACAUCAUCCCAGCUUUCACGGUGAAUUAUGGAGUCUUCAACCCCAACUUCUACACCGUCUCACACUGUGAGUGUGACCAAAGGUUUCGACAGUGCCUUCUGGGCAUGAAUGACAGCAUUUCAAGUAUGGUGGGCUACAGUUUCUUCAGCAUCCUGAAGGUUCCCUGCUUCAAGCUAAAACAGCUGAAGCGGUGCACGCAGAUGUACUGGUGGGGAAUGUGCAAAGUUGCCAAAAAGGCUCCAUAUGCAGUGUUCAAAAGCCCCCUGCCUUACAACAGCUCCGAUGUUUCAGGCCAGUACCUGCAGACUGACGACAAGAGUUUAACAAACAGUGAAGAGCAGCGUUUCACUGACAGCCACAUGUUAAACCAUCGAAGGAAACCAUCAAAAACUACACAGAGAUGUGGUGUCAGAGACCCUAACAGAGGAGACACGUUUCACCACAGGACCAAAGGAAGAGGAUGUAAAAGACACCGGCAGAUAUCUGGACCACGACCCUCACAAGUAUCCACAACACCCAGGACACAAACCACGACUCGGUCCACAAACAGUCAAACUCAGGCACAAGUUAAAAAAAGAGUUGGAAAAAAUAAAAGUAUGAGAAACAGCCUUACACAGAAAAGCAACAACCUACAGAAAGAGCUGACAAGCUCUGCCCCUCAAACACCAACUACAACACCCUCACCUGUUCCACCAUUAAAACCCCAACAUCUACCAAAAACACUGGUUAAAGAAGGGACUAAAAGACUGAAAAGUAGAAAUAAAUUCUCAAAGCAACGUAUCUGUUGUGGCUCUAACAUACCUAAGAGGAAUGACUCCUCUCAGUUUUACUGUAAAAACCGUCUCAAACAAGAUACAGCAUCAGAUAUGACAAGUUUUACUCUGGGAAAAACAAAUACAAAAGCUUUAACGAUCAACUGGAUGAAAAAUAAAGGAGCGCACGUUAAAAAGACAGGAAAAUCCAACCAGGACACAUCUGGAACUGUCUGGAGUACAGCUGUUUUUCCAACACCCAUCGUAGCAAAACAAAUGACAACAGCCUCUCUUUACAACGAUGUAAAGUCACAGACGUGGCUGGGUUUACAUCUGAACCAUACAAGUCAGCAGGCUUCAGGUGGUACUGCAGCUGGAAGCGUCCAAGCAGGAAAACGACCACUACGUAAUAACAAGCAGCGCAAUGUGACAGACAAUCAGCUCCAGUGUCGAAGCCUCAAAUAUCUGGAUGAAUGCAAAUUUAAAAUCCCUCCUUCAGAGAAGAAAUAUAAUCUACACAACAUGGAGUCCAAGACUGCCUACCACUGUGACUGCAUCAGACGGUAA